CGCGGGAGGCGGCGCGGGGGGCUGCGGGCGGCGCGUGGGGUCCCGGCUCGGCGAUGCAGGUGCACCUGGGAGCGCUGGCCGGCGCGGCGGCGCUGACCGGGGCGCUCAGCUUUGUGCUCCUGGCGGCCGCCAUCGGCACGGACUUCUGGUACAUCAUUGACACAGAGCGGCUGCAGCGGAGCGGCCCGGGGGCGCGGGACCCGGCAGGGGCCUCCAACCGCAGCCAGCUCGAACCUCUGAGCUCGCACUCCGGCCUCUGGCGGACCUGCCGGGUCCAGAGCCCGUGCGCGCCGCUGAUGAACCCCUUCUGGCAGGAGAACGUGACCUUCAGCGACUCGAGCCGACAACUUCUCACCAUGCAUGGGACGUUUGUGAUUCUGCUGCCCCUCAGCCUCAUCCUGAUGGUUUUUGGGGGGAUGACAGGGUUUCUGAGCUUCCUCCUGCGAGCCUCCCUCCUUCUCCUGCUCACGGGGACCCUCUUCCUCUUUGGAGCCUUGGUGACCCUCGCGGGCAUCAGCGUCUACAUCGCGUAUUCAGCCGCCGCCUUCCGGGAGGCGCUGUUUCUCCUGGAGGAGAAGGCCCUGCUGGACCAGGUGGACAUCCGCUUCGGCUGGUCCCUGGCCCUGGGCUGGAUCAGCUUCAUCGCCGAGCUCCUCACCGGGGCGGCCUUCCUGGCAGCAGCCCGCCUGCUCAGCCUGAGAUGGAGGCAGGACCAGGCCAUCUGAGCCCCGAUGCCUGGUCGUGGUGGAAGGGAGGGGCUUGGCGUGGGGGCCUCAUGGACCCAUCUCGGUGGGCUGCGGCUUCCUCUUCCUCAAAGGCCACCACCUGAGAGCCGCUGUGGACCGGGCUCCAGCCCUGGCUGCUAUCUGAGUGCUGCCUGGCACGGUGUGUGCUCUGUCUAGACACGUGUGUCUCGUGUGGGCUGGAGGAGGCUGAGUGCCAAACCCAUGAAAAAGCAAAAGCACCUCCUUCAUCAUGUACAGAACUUACUGAUUGCAACCUCCGUGAGUCUCCUCUGGCUUCACUUCAUCCUCACUCCUGCCCUUUGGAUGGGUUUCUCUUCUUUGUUAAAGAAACGGAGGACCAGAGAGGUUAGGUAAGUGUUGCAAAAACACACAGCAAGCUAGAGGCAUGUUCUCCUUUAUCACAGCUUUUCUGAGCAGGUUCAUGCCGGCUGGCUGCGACGUGGAUCCUGUGUGUGGAGGAUGCUGCGUCUCAGACACCGGGCUUCAUGCUUCCCGCGACCUGGAACCAGGCACGAGGCACCAUGGGAAAUUGGAGGGCAGGCGGCAGAGAUCUGGGCUUCGCAGCAACCAUGAGGUGGACGUGUCCUCCCUGACCCCAGCCGGGCUCGUGCUCACCUGGUCUAGAGUCCUGAGCCUCAAGCAGAAAAGGCUCAGUUAAUGCAAUGAUUCUCCGUGGUCAGCGACUCGCUUUUGAAACAACACAGAGUCAUCCCAGAGACGAAAGCCCCUCUUGGACGUUCAGGCGGUCAGUGGUCCCAUUCAUGUGUCACUUCACAGGUGCCAGGAGGUCCUCAUGGGAGGAGAGGAAGGGUCAGCAAGCCACAAUCAGCAGGAAGGGCAAGAAGCAAACUUGUGAUGCCCAAGAAGCGCUCAUUGGCAAGCUCACCGCGGAGAGAAUUACCCGCACUCACACUUAAUGGGAAACAGUGAUCCUCCAAACACAACGAGCAUCUCCUGGACCGUCGGCUUUGCAGUUAGCCUUCAUUCCAAACUCUACAUGUGAGCUCAGGACACCCCGAGCCUGUGAUAGAAAUAGUUUCCACAUCAAAGUGUUGAUGGAGCCCAGUUCCCAGGUGUAACAUCCAAGGCCAGUGAGAUUUAAACACACUGGGAAACACAUAACCAGUGUCAUGUGCUAAGUCCUCUGACAUCCCCUGAAUAAGGCCUAUGCCUGGGCAUCAGCAGAUCUCAACCCUAAUACCCCACUGCAGUCACCCGGGGAAUUUAAAAAAUGCCCAGGUGUCACUUCAGGCCAUGAAAUCACGGUCUCUGGGGUUGGGGGCCCAAGCACCGUUAGCUUCCAGAACUGCUCCGGUUUUUCCCGAAGUACAGCCUGGGUUGAGAUGAGCACCAGACUGGCUUAGAACCCGGACAGAUGCCUGUGUGUAACUUUAUAAAACACAGGUGGGGUUUCCUGUGGUGAUGGUCUCAGCUCCAUAAGAGGCUGCAUUUGGGGGAACGACAACAAUAAAAACCUCAAGAAGGAGAGUGGCCUGGCAUCUGGUUCAUACUGGCGCAUCUCAAAUUCAUGGAGAUCUUAUGAAAAUGCAGCCUCUGAUUCGGUAGGUCGGGUGCGGGGCUGGCGAUCCUGCAUCUCUAACCAGCUUUGAUUGGGAGGAUUUACACAGCGUAAACACACGCGGUCUCCUUGAAAGCAGCAGGGGUUGUGGCUCGCUUCUGCACUAGCAUGGGAGGUCUGUACUAUCACAGGCCGGGUCCUGGUGACAUACUGCAGCCCUUCUGCUCUGAAACAAUGACACCCCAUAGCAGUUGUGUGGCCAGAGGAAGAUGUUUUCUUGGCGUGGCUACAGCGAGUCUGGGUGAGGGGGUGCACCUAUCUCCUCAGCCCUGUUGGUAUUGAGAAGACUUGGCUCCUUUGGGGUGAAAAUCACUCCAGUUUUGAUACAGGGUGUUUAUCGUGUGGGGUGGAGCUUUGGUCUAGAAUAUGGAGUUGAAAGUUUCCCACAGAGUUGGUCAAUUGAUAGGGUGAUCUUUGGGGACUAAUCGUAACACUUUGUCCCUCCCCCAGAAAAUUCCAUCCCUCUUUUAUCCUGAUAUUUCGGCCCAUGGGGAUGGGGGCCCCAAGGUGGCUGCAUGUCCAAAUCCACCUGGCCAGAGUCUCUUGAGUCCGUGGGGCUGGGUGGGGUCCCACAGUUCACAGUUCUCACCGGUUCCCAGGUGGUGCAGAUGCUCCUGGUCUGGGAUCACCCUUUGUAUCACACUGACCUGGGAGUUUGUUAAGUGGCAGGGCUGGCUGUCACCUUCCUGCAUCUUAGAAUCAUGAGGGCAUCUUAAAACCCCUGAUUCCGGGGCUGAAUCCCUGCUCUGAUCACCUCUAGGGAGGGAGUCCAGGCACCGAUAAUUUUCAAGGCCUCUUCAGAUGAUUCCAACAUCAGCUAAGGUUUGGAACCUGUUCCUGUAAGAUGCUGCGUCAUGAGAUGUGGGGAGGGAUUGGGGAACCUCAGGUUUAAGCAACUGCCCGAGGGGCUUCCCUGGUGGUCCAGUGGUAAAGAAUUGGCCUUCCAAUGCAGGGACGCGGGUUAGAUCCCUGGUCGGGGAACUAACAUUCCACAUGCCACGGAGCAACUAAGCCCACACGCCACAACUACUGAGCUCGCGUGCCUCAACUAGAGAGCCUGUGUGCCGCAAAUGAUAGAGCCCACGUGCUCUGGAGCCCACGUGCCACAACCAAAGAGAGAAAACCAGCACGCCACAACUAGAGAGAAGCCUGCAAGCCACAAUGAAAGAUCCCGUGUACCACAACUAAGACCUGAUGCAGCCCCAAAAUAAAUUAAAAAAUAAAUACAAUAAAUUCAAAAAAAAAGGAAAGAAAAGAAACUGCCCGGGCAGGGCUGAUGGCAAGAGGUUUGGGGACCACUGGUGUGGACCAUGAGAACACCAUUAUCAACUGCAUGAUGUCAUCCUCCUCACCAUGACCUCACCCCACCAUGACACCCUUACUCUCACCAUGACAUCUCCUGACCAUGACAUCCUCCUCCUGACCAUGACAUCAUUACUUGAACUAUGACAUCCUCCUCCUCAUCAUAACAUGACCAUCGCCAUGAUGUCAUCAUCCUCAGCAUGGCAUGACAUCAUCACAGCUGAAACCCAUUGAGUCAUCCCUUACCUGCAUUGCUCAACGAGCUCAUCAAUCAAUCAGUCGUUCAACAAACCCCCGAGGACAGGCCAUUUCAUGGCAGGAACUAGGGGCAGUGACCCACCAGAGCAAGCCCUUGCUCUCUGAGCGGCCACAUGGUUGAGGAGAGACUGGCAGGUGAGACAUGGUUGUUGGUGAUGACUGGAGGUAAGCGAGGCAGGGUACAGGUCAGGGAACUGAGGCACAGGUGGACUAAAUUAAGGAGAGAAAGGGUACAACUAGGACUGAAAUUCAGAUCUGCCUGAUUCCAAGAUGAUUUCCUUUCCACUUCUGCCGACCCUGUCUGCUCUUGGGUUCAGGAUGUUGCUGCUGCUUCUCUUUCGCUCUAGUUCGGAAAAGCGCAAACUGAGUGGAUGGCUCACAAAGUCCCAUUGCACCGCGUGAACGUGGUUGCAAAACCAGUUUCUAGGCUGAGGAAAGAAAAUUUUUUUCACAAAGCGAGAGCAACCGUGCUAGUGAGCGAGCGGUCUUUGCUGCCACCUGCUGGUCACAUGGUGGAACUGAGGCUGGACUUGACAUUCCAAUCAGUCCAGGGACAUUUGUUUUCAGCUUCCUGAGUGCCCAGCAGUGGGUUAAAUACUGCAGGGCAGGGUGUCUCAACUGGGGAGAUUCACCGCUCCCUCUCCACCUGGGGCUUUUGGGAAUGUCUGGAGACAUUUUUGGUUGUCAUUACUGGGGACGAGUGCUACUGGCAUCUAGUGGGUGGAGGCCAGGGGUGCUGCUCAACUUCCACAGUGCACAGGAUGCUCCCACCACAAAGAACCGUCUAGUCCCUCACGUCAAAGUGCCGAAGGUGAAAAACCCUGCUAGGGGAACGAAAGGAAUAAUAACAAGAGAAAGCAUGUGUGUUCUAAAGGAACUGACAACACGGCUGAAAAGAAUCUCAUUCAUUAAAUAAAUAUUUACCAAACACCUGUUAUGUGUCAAGAACUGUUCUGGGGGGUCUGAGGACACGUCAAUGGGGAUGACUGACAAAAUCCCUGCAGUUACAUGGAAACAGAUGGUACACGCAUGAACCAAUAGUACCCAUGAGAAAUUCACAUAGUGAAGAAAACAGGGCUGUGAGCUGGAGGGUGGCUGGGAGGUGCUACUCUAGGAAGGAGAGUCAGGGAGGGCUUCUUGGAAGAGGUGGCAUUGUGCUGAGACUCAAGUGAGGAACCUACCAGGUGGGGAAACAGAGGACCAGGCAGGUGGCAGCAAGUGCAAAGUACCUGAGGUGGGAACAAGCUUAUGUGUUUUAGGGAAAGAAGGAAGGAGCAUCGAGGGAGAGUGAUAGACGUUAGAGGGGUGAUGAGGAGGCAGAAGAUGUGGGCUGGAGAGUGCCCGUGGUCCAGGGUAAGGAGGUGCUGAUGAUUAAGCUGGGUUUAGGAUUCUACUCUAUACUAUUCUGUUCUAUUCUAUUCUUCUAUUCCAUCCCAUCCCAUUCAUUCCUGCUUUGGGAGCAAUGGGACACCUCCAGAGAUGGUGCAGAGAUGCAUCGGCUUCAAGACAGCGGUUCUCAACCCAGGCAUCAUUCAGGGGCUUUAAAAUAAAAUCAAACUUCUAACAACUGAACCUAAAGGAAUCAAAACCUCAAAAGUGGGCCCAGGCACUGGUAUUUUUAAAAAGUUCCCCAGGUGACUGUGCUGUGCAGGGGUGGUGUGAGAACAACUGCUGAAGCUCCUUUGGUCUGGUGAGUGGAGAGCAGAUGGCAGGGAGGGGCUUCUCCCAUCACCCAGGUGAGAUGAAAGAGUUUGGACUGGGGGAGGCGUGGCUUGGAUUCAGGGGGGGUUUGGGGGUUCAGGGGAGGCGACUUUUGCUCAUAAAAAGGUAAAUAGGACAAGAAGAAGGGUAAGUAGGUGCCUCCCCUUUGCGGCGGAAGCUCGGCCCAGACCUGUGUCCUCAAGUCCAGACCUGGCUGGAUGGCCCAUGGAACUGUCCCACUGCCCCCUCGGAGAGGACCCUGCCUGGCAGUGAAGGUUCAUUCAUUCACUCAUCCAUUCAUUCCCCUCAUUUACUCACACACUCGUCCACCCUCCAACCAUCCAUCCGCGGAUUUGUUCGUAAUUUGUAUAUUCACGUACCCAUCCACUCAUCUCUUCAUUCAUUUCUUCACUCACUUAUACACUCAUUCAUUCAUUUGUCAUUCAUUCAUUCACUACUUCAUACAUUUGUCCAUUAAUUGAUUCAUUCGCUCAUCCAUCCAUCCAUCACCCAUCCAUCACUCAUUCAUUCAUUCAUGCCUUCACUCAUUCACGCAUUUAUCACUCCAUUCACUCAUUCAUUUAACAACUAUUACUUACUGGAUGUCUGAUGUGCCAGGUGCUGUUUGGAGCACUGGGAAUUUAGCCAUGAACAAAAGCGACAAAAACCCCUGUCAUCAUGGAGCUGACAUUUGUGUGUGUGUGUCUGUGUGUGUGUGACAUACAGACAAUAAACAUGAUGGGUAAAACAUAGGGUAAGUCACCUGGGAAGAGGUUCUAUAAAGACGUGGAGGAGGGGCAGGGAUGGGUGCGUGGGGAGCGUGACCUUGGCAGUGACCACAGUGUCCCAUGGAGCUGGUCCUCUGCUGAGCAGGACUGAAGAACCAGUAAUUGAUUCAUCAAUUCAUGAGUGUUUCCUGGGCCCCUCUUGUAGGGUCUGGAAGGGGAGUCUCCCUGGAGGCUGGACACAUGGGUUGAGUGAAGACCUGGCCUCGGUCUCCCCAAGCUGACCUCGGUGCCUCUUCCUGGAGAUGAGCCUCAGGGCUGAUAGGAUCCUGGCUGCGGUGAGGGGAAGAGACCAGGGGAGACAGGAGCUCGCAGAGCAGGCACUGUUGCCCCAUUUUGCAGAUAAGGAGACUGAGGCCCCCAGGCUCCUCAUCUGCAGAAUGGGGACUUGAUGCUGCAGGUGAGACAACCAGGACACAGACCCUGGCUUCAGGGCUUCAGGGCUUCAGCGUGGUCACUUGUUUCCCAUCCUCUGACAUCUUGGGCUGCUCCCUUGAGAGUCAGAGGCCUGGAUUUCCUUUAUAGCCAAAAAGGGAGCAACCCAUGGCCUUUGCUUAUCCCGUCAGUGAAUUUCCAUUUGUCAUUUUCCAGCACAUGAUACCCAAGGGCAGGGACGCUGAUAUGAGGCCUCUGUGAACACUGAGGAAGAUGCACAACCUCUGCCUGUUCCAACAGCCGCCUGAACUUUCCCAAAUAUUUGGGUCCCCGCUGGAGUGUCUGGAGGAUGGGGGAAGGGAGAGAGAGCGAGAGAGAAGGACAGAAUAACAGAUGGACCCACACCCACACCCACACACAGGAGAGGCCCAGAGAAACAUAUCAACAACAGUAAAAGAGAUAAAGACAGAGGUGCAGACAGAGACGAGUGGACUGAAGUCAGAGGAAGACAGAGAGGAAGGAGCUGCGUCCAGAGAAAGAAGAGAGAGAGACAGGAAGAGACCCAGGGAGGUUCAGAAAAAGGCGGAAAGAAGGGCAGAGAAUCUGAGAGAGGAACAGAGAGUGAAACGGACAAUGAAAAACCAGAGACACAUAUACCUGGAGAAAACCAUAGUUUAGAAAGACACAUGCACCCCAAUGUUCAUAGCAGCACUAUUCACAAUAGCCAGGACAUGGAAGCAACCGAAAUGUCCAUCAACAGAGGAAUGGAUAAAGAAGAUGUGGUACGUUUAUUCAACGGAAUACUACUCAGCCAUAAAAAGGAACAAUUGUGCCAUUUGCAGAGACGUGGAUGGACCAGAGUGAAGUAAGUCAGAAAGAGAAAACCAAACAUCGCAUAAUAUCACUUAUAUGUGGAAUUGAGAAAAAUGGUACAGGUGAACUUAUUUGCAAAGCAGAAAUAGAGACACAGAUGUAGAGAACAAAUGUAUGGACACCAAGGGGGGAGGGGGGUGGGAUGAAUUGGGAGAAGGGAUUGACAUAUAUACACUACUAUGUAUAAAACAGAUAACCAGUGAAAACCUACUGUAUAGCACAAGGAACUCAGUGCUCUGUGGUGACCUAAAUGGGAAGGAAAUCCAAAAAAGUGGGGAUAUAUGUAUACGAAUGACUGAUUUACUUUGCUGUACAGCAGAAAGUAACA